CCCUCCUCUGAAGCCAUGGGCCCCUCCCGCCCUGCACUCCCGUCCACGACAAAGCUCGGGCUGUGGUGGCUUCUUCUGGUCCCGGCAGCAUCCGUGCAGCAGGCCUCCCCCACCCAAGCCGAGGACCGCCUCUUCCAACACCUCUUUAGGGGCUACAACCGCUGGGCGAGGCCGGUGCCCAACACCUCGGACGUGGUGAUCGUGCACUUCGGGCUGUCCAUCGCCCAGCUCAUCGAUGUGGAUGAGAAGAACCAAAUGAUGACCACCAACGUCUGGCUAAAGCAGGAGUGGAACGACUACAAGCUGCGCUGGAACCCGGCCGAUUUCGGCAACAUCACAUCCCUCCGGGUCCCUUCGGAAAUGAUCUGGAUCCCCGACAUCGUCCUCUACAACAAUGCAGAUGGGGAGUUCGUGGUGACCCACAUGACCAAGGCCCACCUCUUCUCCUCGGGCACCGUGCACUGGGUACCGCCCGCCAUCUACAAGAGCUCCUGCAGCAUUGACGUCACCUUCUUCCCCUUCGACCAGCAGAACUGCAAGAUGAAGUUCGGCUCCUGGUCGUACGACAAGGCCAAGAUCGACCUGGUGCCGAUGCAGCAGACGGUAGACCUCAAGGACUACUGGGAGAGCGGCGAGUGGGCCAUCGUCAACGCCACGGGCACCUACAACACCAAGAAGUAUGACUGCUGCGCCGAGAUCUACCCCGACGUCACCUACUACUUCGUCAUCCGGCGCCUGCCGCUCUUCUACACCAUCAACCUCAUCACCCCCUGCCUGCUCAUCUCCUGCCUCACGGUGCUCGUCUUCCACCUGCCCUCCGAGUGCGGCGAGAAGAUCACGCUCUGCAUCUCCGUGCUGCUCUCGCUCACCGUCUUCAUGCUGCUCAUCACCGAGAUCAUCCCGUCCACCUCGCUGGUCAUCCCGCUCAUCAGCGAGUACCUGCUCUUCACCAUGAUCUUCGUCACCCUGUCCAUCGUCAUCACCGUCUUUGUCCUCAACGUGCACCACCGCUCCGCCAGCACCCACAACAUGCCCCACUGGGUGCGGGUGGCCUUUCUGGGCUGCGUGUCCCGGUGGCUUCUGAUAAGCCGGCCCCUGCCACCCUUGGAGCUCCGCGACCCCCCAGAUCUGAAGCUCUGCCCCGCCUACCGCUGGCUGGAGACCAACGUGGAUGCGGAGGGGACGGACGAGGAGAAGGAAGGCAGAUGGGCGCACGCGGGUCACUCGUCCCCCUUCACAGGCGUCCCUUACAGCCAUGGGGGUCUGCGCCCAGGGGCCUCGGGUCCCAAGGCGGAGGCCCAGUUGCCGGAGGGUGGGCCCCUGCUGUCACCUCGCAUACAGAAAGCACUGGAGGGCGUGUGCUAUAUUGCCGACCACCUGCGGGCCGAGGAUGCAGACUCCUCGGUGAAGGAAGACUGGAGGUAUGUGGCCAUGGUCAUCGAUAGGAUAUUCCUCUGGUUGUUUAUCCUUGUUUGCUUCCUGGGGACCGUCGGACUCUUUCUCCCUCCGUUCCUAGCUGGAAUGCUCUGAUGCCACAUCGCCUGCUUUGGCCCAGAUGUGGCAUAGCUGACCGUCUUUAACGGCUGCCGCCUCUGGAGUAUGCCUUCGGAGUCAACGCCAUCCAACUACAGGUGCCUUUCCAUGGCGUCCGGACACGGAAGGCUGCUUGGGAUGAUUCACUUGACAGUAUUGUACUUUGUGCUGAGAAUCUGCCGGGCACGGAGCCCUGUUUGAAUGCUGAAGAGCUGGGCCAGAAGGAACUUGCUCUGCAGAAGGUUACGACGUGGUGAUGACAACGUGAAGACGUAUAAGAUGCU